AUGUCGCGACCGACAUGUCCUACAAAAUGUCGCCGUGACAUGUAUGGCAUGUCGUUUGCCCAAAUGUCGGCGUCGUUUACCAACCCAGCACAUCUCCGCCCUAUUUCACAUACAUUGUCUUCAUCACUGACAAUCAUCACUAAUAUGUCGUACUUGGGAAUGGCGUAUGAUUUCACUGAGGAUGAGAUCCUGGAGGCCAUCUGCGCGAUCCCACCAACUCGCAUCACCUCUGAUUGUGAGCGGGUACUAGAUGGGCCUAUCCCACGUCCCUUACCCUUACCUUAG